GAUGUUUAAUUCGAUGCUUGAUAGAUAUUUUUCUCCACUCUAAUUUUGAAUUUCUUUACUGACGUAUCGCGGUAGCGGAUUGAUUUGGUUUGAAAAAUAUUUUUAAAUGUGGAUGUUAAUUUAUUUUUAAAGUCCCACGUGCCUGUUCAAUCAAAUGUGCUAAAUUUCACCUGAUAGCCAACUUAAAGUACAAAAUUUGUACAUAAAACGAGGACACUAUUGCAAUCAUGUUACGAUCUGCUGUGACAAGUAUAUAUUAAUAUACGUACCUAUACAUGCACAUUCCGAAGUGUAGGUGUAUGUAAAUCUAGGAUAUUUAUGUAUGUAACUCGGUAUCGUGCUCUGGCAGAUACAAACACCGAACUCAGUGCGAUCAAGCUUCAUACAUAUGUAUGUACAUAUGUAUGUUCGGCGUACUCGUUGACUGUAUUCCAAGAAUAAAAACUUGUGAAAGUGUGAAUAAAAUAAAUUUGUAUAUUAAAGUGUUGUCAAAUUAUUGAUUACAAAUUGCGGAACACACAAAAAAUGUUUCAGUCUUAUUCAAAAGAAAGUUAAAGCAAACAUUUAAAAAUUAUGUUUUGCCGUCGGAAAAUUAGUUUUGUUGCUCUGUAGAAAUAAAUGUGUCUUCCCAUGUAGAAACUAUGGAUCAAACGGUUUAAAAAGUAUUAUUUCUGGCAACCUUCAGAAAAAAGGACGUAGCUUUAUUAUGGCGACAAUAUUUGACGAUUCCAUAAUUGUUGCAGGUAACAAGAUCUAGCAUACUCUAGAUACCACAUAAAAAUUUUAAGGGUAAAAACAUGCCGCAUACACACACCAGACAUGGAUCAUCUGGAGAUGAUUUAUGCAGCACUGAUGAAGUUAAGAUAUUUAAAGACGAAGGAGAUCGUGAGGAUGAUAAAAUAUCUUCUGAAAAUCUAUUAGUCGAAGAAAAAUCAAGCUUAAUAGAUUUAACGGAAAGUGAGGACAAGGGCCAAAAAACAGUACGUCCGGAACACAGCCCAGUUUUUAAUAAACUUGAUACCCACACACCAGGCUUUAAUAUGGGAUAUUUAGUUUCACCAUAUUCAUAUGCAAAUGGGUCCCCAAGUGGAUUACCAGUUACAAUGGCCAACAAAAUUGGGUUGCCCCCAUUUUUUUGUCACAAUGCAGAUCCAUUAGCUACACCACCGCCGGCGCAUUGCGGAAUUCCACCAUAUCAACUGGACCCUAAGGCUAUGAGUUUGACUCGUCCCGCUUUAUAUCCUUUUGCCGCAGGUCAAUAUCCAUAUCCAAUGCUGAGUUCUGACAUAUCUCAAGUGGCUUCAUGGCAUACACCGUCUGUAUACUCUGCAUCUAGUUUUAGAACUCCAUAUCCUUCUUCAUUGCCAAUAAAUACAACGCUAUCAAGCGAUUUUCCUUUCCGGUUUUCACCAAGCCUAUUACCUUCAGUACAUGCUACAUCUCACCAUGUAUUAAAUUCACAUCCAGCUAUAAUGGGAGCAAGUUCCAAACAAGACAAUGGAGCUCAAGAAACAGCAACAAAUAGUAGAUAUUCGAGGAACCUGGAAACAAAAAAUACGUCAAGUAUUCAAACGAAUGACACUAAAGAUAUUUCUAAUGACAAAAAAAAACCACAUAUAAAAAAACCAUUGAAUGCGUUUAUGUUGUACAUGAAGGAAAUGAGAGCCAAAGUAGUUGCUGAAUGUACACUUAAAGAAUCGGCAGCUAUAAAUCAAAUUUUAGGGCGGCGGUGGCAUGCCUUGGGGCGUGAGGAGCAGGCAAAAUAUUACGAGUUGGCGCGACGAGAACGUCAACUACAUAUGCAAAUGUACCCCGAUUGGAGCUCUCGUACAAAUGCCUCCCGUGGCAAAAAGCGGAAACGGAAAGAUACCAACGACGGAGGAAAUAAUAUGAAAAAAUGUCGAGCUCGAUUUGGAUUAGAUCAACAAAACCAAUGGUGCAAACCAUGCAGACGCAAAAAAAAAUGUGUUCGUUAUAUGGAGGCAAUGAAUGGAAAUGGUCCUAUGGAAGAUGGAAGCGGUCAUGAAGAUCAUGGAAGCCAACUGAGUGAUGACGACGAUGAUGAUGAGGAAGAUAAUCCACUUGGGGAAAGUUGUGGAAGCGCCGAUGAAAACAACAAAAUAUUAGAUGACGACGCAGAAUCAUUAAACCAAUCCUUGUCCAGCCCAGGUUGUCUUAGUAGUUUACAAAGUCCAUCGACAACAACAAGUCUAGCCAGUCCUCACAAUGUUAAUAUAAAUACUAUAGCUCCGCCCGUAUUUUCGUGCGUCAGUGUGGAUCAGUCAUCUAAUCUUAGACCUCAAUCAGUUUCCAUAUCAGGAUCGAGUAGUGGGUCAACUUGUAGCAUAAGCACUACUCCGAAUACCUCAAGUACGGUCUCGCCAGUAACAGGUACAGCAGGCCCCUCUCCGAUUUCAGCUAAUGAACGCGCCAUGAUGCUAGGAAAUCGGUUUAGCCACUUAGGAAUGGGAUUAAGCCCUCCUGUAAUUAACACAAAUAACAAUCAACCUGAUCCGUUUUAUCACACACACCCUGCAGUUAUUAAUAACACAUUCCCUACGUUGCCGAAAAUUUUGAAUAGUAAUUGCUUGAAUUCUGGGGUUCUGUCUAAAGCUUCAGUAUGUAAUAUUUCGCGAAGCCCCAUUGGUGCAAAUCCAAGGGAUAUAAACAAUCCCCUUAGCAUUAAUCAAUUAACUAAGAGACGUGAAAAUCAACAUUUUGAUACGAUUGAUUCGGAGGCAGGUAUGGCUCAAGCCGCCAAGUCUCUUAUUCAUCAUGUAUCUACUAAUAGCUAUCGUGCGAACCACACUCUUUUAAGUGGCAAUUUGAAUCAAAAUUUUCAGAAGCAACUUGGAAGCUCUGUUGAAAUAUCAAAAAAUGUUAAGCCAUCAAUGAUUUGUGAAACUAUUAACAAUGGCGAAUGUAAUAAAAAAUCGGAUGGGAAAUCCAAUGUUUCGAUUACACCAAGCGCUGGCGCUACUGAAUCUGGAGUUAUUAGCGUAUCAUAGGAGUGUUAUUAUUAAAUAUUCGGAUUGAUUAAUUGGAUUUAAAAUACACUCUAAAUGAACUAACGUGCAAUAAAUAAUCUGAACAUCCAAUCGCCAUCUCUUGAAACAAGUGGCCAUACUAGUGCCAAAUUUUAAGCAUAUUUAUUUUUUAUCAUUCGCGUUCAAACAUAUGUGUUGGCUUAAAUUUCAUAUUUUUCUUUUUAUUUUACCCAAUGCAACAAAUGAAUGUAAUUAGAUCCAUAAGUGAAAAUAAAUAAUAUAAAAAGGACAUACCUUAAGAUUUUCACUUAGUUAACUCGAAUACUUUUAUUUAUAAAAAUGUUUUAAUUAUUCAUCUAUCACACAAAAAGCAUUGUUAUUUAUUGCUUCAGAGAUCUUGUUGUUUUCUCUAAAACAUCACUCAUACUAUUGUUAUUUAAUUUUCGUACCCACAAUUUAAAGAUUAUUUUUAUUGUUCCACCCCAGAAGAAUGUGUUAUCUGAUCAAAGAGUGCAGUUCUGUCAUACAAAAAUGUUCUAUAUAUUAAACAAGUUCCCUAACGGUAGGGGCUUUCUUUCCAAUCCAUUAUGCAUAUUAGCUUUAUUUCAUAUUUGCAUUCCCACCAAGUUACAUUAUUAAUUCUUAUUUGUAAUAAAAAAGAAAACAAAUUUUGGCGGUUUAAAAAAAAUAUUAAAAGAUAGAACAAUCCGAAAAUUGGUAUAUAACUAAAAUUUGUUUGUUAUCAAACAAAGCUUCAAUUGUUUCUCAUUUUAAUCUUUUUUAAGAUAAAUUUUUGCGGUUAUAUUCAUAUGGUUUCGAUUGAAAAUAUAUAAAAUGAUUACUUUGGUUAUAAAAAAUAGCUUGGGCCUAAUUGUUUUUAUUGUAAUGAGGUUUGUCUAUGAAUUGGUGUUUUUUUAAUAAAAAUUUCUUAAAUUUCUUUUCUUUUAUUCGAUUAUUCGAUUCGAUUGAGAGUAGAAUUGGGAGUAGAAUCAAUUGAGAAAUUUUUAAAUAAAAUAAGACAAACCAAAAAAAAAUUUUUUUUUUUAUAUCAUAUCUAAUAAAACGUUUAAAAAUAUAUUAACACUCCUGAUAACGCAAUUUCGUAUAGCAAUUUCGCAAUUUCGUAUAGGAACACAUAAGGAUUUGUAAAAAUAUUGUUUGUAGUUUUAGCAAUGUGAUUAGUACGUGAUUUUCUACACAUUCGCGGUCUCAAGACGUGUUAAAUAUUUGAAACAAAAAAAUUUAAAAUUUCUAAACCGUUUUAAAGGACGGCGGCCGGAUGCUCACGCACAGAAAAUGUCAAAUGAUAGUCGACACAUUUUUUUCCCCAAUUUUUGUUUUUCUGUAUUAUAGGAAAGGUAAACUAAACAAAAGCCGAAAUUUCUUUUUUGUACUUUUUGAUCAGAUGGGUAUAUUGUAUGUAUGAUUGAUAUAUGUAUGUGUACAUUUAAAUUGUAUUGAAUGGAAAUCUUGCCAACGUCAACAUAAGUUUGAAUUACUUUUUAUUUGUUUUAAUAAGAAACAAAAUGAAUCGAUUAAAAACGAUUAAGCAAAUUAUUUUGUAAAUAGGAAACAUGGUUUUACAGAUGGUAUUUAUAAUGCUUACGAAUUUAUUCACCAUAAGACCUGAUAGCGACUAUUUUAUUAAGGGAAAAAAUGCUAAUUAAAUAAUAAACAAAAAGUUAAACUCGCUGGUUUGUAAUGUUUUUAAUACACUAUGAUUGUACGUAUUUCUAUACUAGUCUUCAUUCAGUUAUUAAAUUAAUUACAUAUACAUGAUUGUCAAAUUUUCUCGCAUAUCGUACAAAGUGCUAAGCACUUUUAUAUGAUAUUUUACGGUAGAGACAAAACAAGUAUCUUAAAAAUUAUUGAUCUUACGUCUACUACGUCUUUAUUUGUAAAGACUCCAGUAAAAGCCCAUAGAGUCGCAUAUUUAGGUACUUAAAUUAUAAUGUCUCUGAUUUCGGUGGUUUUAUGCAUAUCAAUAUUUAUUUCCGUAAGCUGGAUAAAUGUAUAAAAAUUUUACUAGAGCCUUAUGCAAAUCUAUAGAUUUAUUGCAAAAAAAAUAAUAUAUAGAAAUCACGCGGCUUUUUCGUUAAUAUUCUAAGCAAUAUUUUAGAAUAGCAUGGCUUUAUGAAUAUUAUUCGAUUUAAAAUUUAAAGUAGUAACUAUUUAAUUAUUUUUUCUAUAUUUUUAUCUACUAUAUUUUUUCUAUUCCACACAUAAAUACACCGAAUACAAUUUAUUUUAAUUUUUUUUUUACCAAUAUUAAGUCAUUAAAUAAAAUGUGAAUUUACAAUGACCUUGACAAUUAAACACAAUUUGACUAUUCCGAAAUUUUUCCGAAGCCUAGCAUGCCUAAUAGCGUAUUGAGAAUAUAAACCAAGUAAGCUAAUUAAACAUCGAAAUAUAUGUAGCUGUGAUAAUAAAACUACCGAUUUAUGUAGGGCUCUAGUCGCGUAUUUUUAUGUAGAUGCAUGUACAUAUGUAACGAUAGUUUAUGUAAGAGAAUAAUAUGACGAAGAAUCUGUGUUAGUAAGAAGGUCAAAAUAAUAUUCAUGGUAAUUUGGUUUAAAUAAGGUAUUAAAUAUACAUAUAUUCUGAACAAUGUGUAAAGCCAUUGCCAAUAUAAAAGACUGUUUCACACAUAUUAUAUAUGUUUGACUUCGAUAAAAAUUACCAAUUGUACAGGAUUGUAUUAGACUUUAAAACGUAAGUAAUUUAGACUAUUUAAGUACUAUGCAUGGCCCUUUAAAAUAUAAUAUAAAAAAAAAUAAUUACAGAUAUUGGAUAAUUUUAAAUUGUAUAUAAACAUCACUUAUUAAUUCAUGGAGGUAUAAAAGUCAAAUAAAAAAUACUACAAAUAAAUUUGCAUUUUCGAAUAAAUACGGUAAUAUUUUAAAAAUAAUUUAAGGUUUUAAUUACAAUUGGCUUCCAUUUUCUGUGUUUUACAUAUAUUUUUAUUAGUAAAACAAAAUUAAUGCAACUUAAAUUUGAAAAUGUAAUUUUAUUAAUAAUAAGUAACUGAAAAAUAUGGUUUUAUUAGUGAAUUUUUUUGUUAUUCGUAUUGAAUGUUAAAAAAUUAUUUAUAUGUAUUUGUUCAAAAAAAAAAAAUGCUGUUCAUUUUAUUAGUUUGCUGCAAAAACUUAACAGAAAUUCAAAAAAAGUUUUUAUAUAUAUUUAUUGCUUAAAACACAAAACAAUUAUAUUUACCACAAUUGAUUGACUGAUUGGUUUUAGCCUUUGUGCUUUAGAUAACUGUUUAGAUAACUAUAAUAACAUAUGUUAAUCCUAGAGUUUAGUGUAUAAGAUGUCGCAAUAUAAAAAAUAAAUAUUAAAACGAGCUAAUGUAAUUACCAUUUAAGCUAUGUAAUAAACUAAUGUACGAAAUGUAAUCGUAAAAUAUUGUACUCUAAUAAACUGAAGCAAUGUUGAAUCUA